AAAAAUAAAGAAAAGAAAAAGGUAAUAAAACGGGGAAAGUUCUCCGAUUGCCAUCACAAAAGAAAAUCAGAAUUCUCAAUUCGUCUCCGACCACCUUAGGGUUUUGACGAAAUCGGAAAGAUGUACGACGUCAUGUUGGAUGAGGCGAAGAUGUGGCUCGACGAACCUCCGCGACGUAAGCGGAAGCUGGAAGCUCCGCCGCCUGCACCGAUAGUUAGCUAUAACCCUGAACCAUAUACAGAUUCUGACGAGGACGAGAUCGAUCCGGUGGAGAGGGAGAAGUAUCGAAUACAGCUUGUCGAGUCUGGGGGAACGAACUUACAAUUCAUCACUGUAAAGAAAGCCAACGCAGAUUUCCAUUCAAUUGUUGCGUACUACAUAACUUUGGAGGCAAUGGAUCCGUUCACUGAUUCACUUGUUACUUUCCAAACCUCUGUCUGGGAUGCUUCUACGAGGAACAAGGAGAAGUUGAGAUUGCUCAUAGAAGUGUGCAGAAUAAAAGGAACUGGAGAAGAAACUGGCCUAUGGGACGCAGAUGCUGUAGAUGAGUUUUAUAAAGAUGAUAUGUCUCAGUGGUUAGAGGGAGAUGCGCUUACAGGCAGUGAUAAGCUACAAUACUAUGAGUUGAAGGAGUCGGAUCUGCGAGACAACGAAUGGCUUUAUCUAUAUGCUGAAAUUGCAAUGUUCUCUGAGCGGGCAAGUGACCUGAGCGCUUAUUUGCCGGUGGAGAUGAACAAAGUAGUGGUACGAACAAGGGAAGAUGUAGAGCCGAGUAAGAAGCUCAAGUCAAAGGACGCGACUUUCUACAUGAGUUUCAAGGCCCGUGGUGGUCCCGAGUGCAGAGGCAUAAUAAGGCGGACGAGCGAUGGAAGACCACGACACAUGAGCCUUCAAGCUAAAUGUUGGAUCGACAAGUAGAGAGAGAGAGAGAGAGAGAGAUGUGGUCUUCUUAUGUAUUUAAGCCAUGUUGAAAUACUCAAGAUGUUAUAUAAUCUAUCGCUGUAGGAACCACUUUAUUAUUAAGAUAACUUGGUGUGUUUCUACCUAUUACGUUUGGUUUCCCCCUAAAUCUAAUAUCCUAACAAAUAGGUACC